GGGUGAAUUUGAUAUGUAGGUUGAAGCGCUUUGAGUAGUUGGAUGACUAGAAAGGCGCUGUACAAGUACAGUCCAUUUACCAUAGACCACCCCUGUACUGACAGUAAGACAGAUGCUAGCUCAGCAUACCUUACUUUUCGUACAGUUGCAUAAGCAAACUUGAUUUUGGUUGCAACAGCAGUAAACUCCAUAUUUCUAAACUCAGUAAUAGCCAGACAUGCUGUUAGCUGAGAAAAGCCUAAAUUCUAAUUGGGCUAAUUGUGGUAGUAUUUUAUUUAUUUAUUUCUUUGUCAAUAAGAUGACUAGUGCAAAAUACUAACUUAGGACACACCCCAUUAUGACACACAGCUAGUCAUACACAAGUCGUAUUCAUUUUAAUUGCCACUCUCUCUGCAUCUCACCUUAACUAACUUGCAUAACUAACCUUCCUGUUCUCGCUAACCCCAAGAGUAACUGAAGAACAUGGGCUAUGUAUUUUAUACAAUGCUAUUUGUCAUGUUUAUCUGAAUUUUGUUUUGUAACCUGUUGACUAUUUUGCUUAGCCAAGAUAGAUAGUGUUGACCAGUGCCCAGUUGGUUAAUGAAAUGCCCAGGUUUCAAACCUGUAUAAACUGACAAAUGAACUCUUUCCAGCUAUGGACUACACAUGGACAAUUGAGCUCUCAGGAUCACACAUCGAGUGCAAUCCUAAGACCAAAAGAGGGAAUGCUGGGACCACUGGCACUUCACCAUUUGAAUUCAUUAAUUUGUAACUGAACUUUUAUUAGGAGACCGCAUGCUCCUUUCAUCGUACUCAGCCUCCCACAAUCCUCCCCCCAUGGACCCAGCUUCCAGCUGCCAUUGGUCAGUCUGACCUGUGAUCCGUGAUGUCACCAGGUCAGUAAAAGGGUCAGUGGCCAUUGCUCGCUCUCUCUUCUCCAGGAACUCUUCUAAAGCAGCAGACAGUUGCUGCUCCUCAGUGUGGCCUUCUAACAGCAGACACACAGCAGAACUGUCUCUUGGAUCUGAAGCAGCGCCACGAGGGCCUGCAUAAAAUUUCUUAAAAUUUCAUAAAAGUCUGCCAGCUAACUUGAAGAAGCAAAUAAGGAAGUUAGCACCGAGCUAACUGCAAGGAGAACAGCAGACAGAUCUGUACAUACGGACUGCACAGCAAGACUUCAAUCGGAACCAACAUUCUUCCCUGCCUGGCUAAUCCAGCGGAAACGCCAGAUAAUAACAGCAACUUCAAAGCAACCUUUCUUCCUUUACGGACUGACUAUAUGUCCGGGUAUGUGGAUGAAGUGCGGUGGUCUCCAUCUCUGUACCCUGAUCUGUACACGCCCUCGUCCCCAUCAUGGUCCCUUCACUGGACCUAUCGCGACUCCCAGUUGAUUAACUUGCCUGUAAGUCUGCUCGUGGAGGGAGACAUCAUCGCUUUGAGACCUGGUCAAGAGGCGUUUGCAUCCCUCAGAGGCAUUAAAGAUGAUGAGCACAUUGUGUUGGAGCCAGGGGAUUUAUUCCCCCCAUUUUCCCCUCCUCCUUCCCCACGAGCCAAUGAGAAGAGAGGACCCCAGAGCCCCCAGCAACACCGUCUCUUCAGAGUGGUCCGGACUCCAGUACUGGACACGGUCAGGAACAGUUUGGAGUUGGCGUUGGCUCGACCAAUCACGGUGCUAGAUAAUGAGAGGUUUACAGUGCAGUCGGUCAUCACCAAGCUAGUUUGUCCUGUCGUGCUGGUGGCAUUCCUGGUAGUGAACACUGUCCGCUAUUUUUGUGAUGCACCCAGCCUGACCCCCGCCUGCUACCAUUUCUUUCAACUUCAGUUGAUGGGUGUUCUGCCCAUUUUGCCCUUGCUCUUCCCUGUCAUGUGGGUGCUGUUGAAUGCCUUCGGAGAGGCCAGGGUCCUCGCCGAGUUCAGCCGCGCAUCACCAGCUGGUCUGCUUGCUAAGUUCUCUGAGGACACGCUAAGCAGCUACACCGAAGUGGUUUCCUCCCAGGAGAUGCUGCGUUGUGUGUGGAGACACCUGGUUGGCAUCCUGAAGGGAGAGUCUCAGACACUCUGUUAUACUUCAAGCCUUUUACACACUCUGGGAUCUGUCACUGUGCUGUGUUGUGUAGACAAGCAGGGUAUCCUGUCGUGGCCUAACCCCAGUCCAGAGACUGUGCUGUUCUUCAGUGGACGAGCGGAGCCACCUCACAACAGCCAGGAUGAUCUCAGAGACGACCUGUCUGUCAACUCCUACUGUCGAAUGGAGACAGAUGAUGACAGGGAUGAGGCCCAGGAGGCGGAGGCUCUGCUCUGUCUUCCAGCAGAGUCCUCCACCCAGCUGGGGGAUGGUCCCGAGCCUAGUGAGAUGUCACACGACACUGCUCGCUCGUCUGACAAUCUGCGGCUUCUGCGCUCCUGCCAGCCUGCACACACUCGCAUCAAACACCACUCUGGAUCCAAUGUAAGCUUCAGCCAUGACACCGAGGGAGGGGAGGACAACCAGGCUCAGGACUUUGUGAUGGGCUGCCCAGAGGUGGAGGCCGAGGACUUUGUGUGUGACUACCACCUGGAGAUGCUGAGCCUGUCACAGGACCAGCAGAACCCAGCCAGCAUCCAGUUCGACGACCUCUCCUGGCAGUGCCACCUGCCCUCCCUCAAGCCGCUGGGCCUCAACAUCAUGCUGAACCUCUGCAACGCCAGCGUCACCCAGCAGCUCUGCCGCUUCUCUGACCACCUCUCCAACUUGGCCCUACAGGAGAGCCACGGCUCCGUGCUACCCGUCUACGUCCCCUGGGGGCUCUGCGAGCUCUCCAGGCUCAUAGGGUUCACUCCUGGUGCAAGGGAGCUGUUUAAACAGGAGAACCACUUGGCUCUGUACCAGCUGCCAUCUGGAGAGAAGACCAAGGAGUUAACUUCCCGCCGCCUUCAUUACUUCACCAAACGCCAGCCUCCCAUCUCCCACCUUAUUUCCCUGUUUGUACGAGACUCUUCCUCCAAUAACGUCCAGAUGCUGUCACAUGGCUCGGCCGACCUUAUCCUGGAGGCCUGCACUGACUUCUGGGAUGGAACUGAUAUUUAUCCCUUCUCAGGCUCCGACAGAAAGAAGGUUCUGGACUUCUACCAGCGUGCCUGUCUGUCGGGUUACUGCUCAGCAUUUGCCUAUAAACCCAUGCAAGUAUCGUUGUCGAGCCAACUGAAUGGGAAGUGUGUGGAGCUGGCCCCGGGUCCCUGCCUCUUCUCCGGAGUGGAGCUGCCCUCCACCACCCCCAUCAAACACAACUCCUACAGAAACAGCUGGAGCUCCGACGGUACAAAGGGUAUAGGUGAGGGUGUGGAGCGUGAGGACUGUGUUCAGGCCCUCAGCGGGCAGAUCUUCAUGGGCAUGGUAUCGUCCCAGUUCCAGGCGAGGCUGGACACAGUCCGGCUCAUUGAUGCCCUGGUCACCGCUUGUAUCCGGUUUGUUUACUUUUCCAUGGAGGACGAGCUCCGCAGCAAGGUUUUUGCAGAGAAGAUGGGUUUAGAGACGGGCUGGAACUGUCACAUUUCUUUGACUCCAAAUGGAGACACUCCCUGUGAUGGAGCUCCAUCCAGCCCCAGUCAGGGCUCCCUGCAUGAAGACCUGAACCAAGAUUCUCGGGAUGAAGCAGAAGGUCCACUGCUGCCGGAGGAGGAAGCGCACUCUGACCUGGCCAGCUUCCAGCCCACAGACAGCGAUGUGCCCAGCUUUCUGGAGGACUGCAACAGGGCCAAGCUACCUCGUGGUAUCCACCAGGUUCGUCCUCAUUUGAAGAACAUUGAUAAUGUGCCUCUUUUGGUGCCACUCUUCACUGACUGCAGCCCUGACACCAUGUGUGAGAUGAUGAAGAUCAUGCAGGAGAACAGGGAGGUUACAUGCUGUCUGGGAAGCUCCGCCAAUUUCCGCAACAGCCGCCUCUUUCUACAGAGUGACGUCAGCAUCGCUCUGGACCCGCUGUACCCGUCUCAGUGUUCGUGGGAGACGUUCGGCUAUGCAACCGGAGGAGGAUUCAACAGAGACGCUGAAGGUCUGUCUCCUCUGAGGCUCUCUGGACAGCUCAACAGUCUGGGCUGUUCCGUCACCUUCCACCAAGGAGAGAGUGUCAGCAUGGUCAAGCUCAUAGAGCAGGCACGACACACAACCUACGGCAUCCGCAAGUGCUUCCUUUUCCUGCUGCAGUGUCAACUCAGCCUGGUCAUCAUCCAGUUCUUAGCCUGUCUAGCUCAGCUUCCUCCUCCCAUGAACGCCACUGACAUCCUCUGGCUUUCCUGCUUCAGCUGCCCACUGCUGAGUGUGUCACUCUUGGGGAAGCCACCAGACAGCUCAGUCAUGACAGUUGCCACAGGGAAGAACCUAGAUGCAAUUCCAAGGAAGACCCAGAACUACUUCCUUGGCUGUUUCCUGUUGAAGUUUGGCCUGACAAUGUGUGCCUACCUGUUGGCGUUUGGGUUCACCCUGCAAGAGGUCUGCCUCAGAAGCAGCAACUUCACCUUAGCUGACAGCACCAUUGUCACCUGCCUUCAUAUAGCCAGCUCUUCAGACGACGCUCCUCUCUGGUUCAGUGAGCUGUCAAACGGCCUGCUGCUGACUCAGAAGGUCAUGGCAGGGUUCCUUGCCUUACACACAGUGGUGAUCUCUCUCAGCUACGUCCAUCGCUCUCAGCCUCUGUGGAGAAAGAGUCCCUUCAGCAAUACCUGGUGGUGUCUCACUGUACCUGUGGUUCUGCUCAGCCAGAUUGUUCAGGCCACGGUGGAUUACCAGUUAUGGCACGACCACGGCAGCCUCCUGACCUUUAACCUGGGUGACAUACCCCUGCUAGCCUGGCUGCUGGCCUCUCUGUCCCCGCUGCUGGUGGUGGUGGUCAACGAAGUGGUGAAGCUACACGAAAUACGGGUGCGGGUUCGCUACCAGAAGAGACAGAAGCUGCAGUUUGAAACAAAGCUGGGGAUGAACUCUCCGUUCUGAUGUGUUCCCUCUGAGGAAGCUGGUGUCGUGGCAACACUGGGAACCAGUCGGUCAGUUCUGGAAAGCAGGGAAGGGCAGAGUGCUAACACUGCAGAUCCCCGUUAACACUUCACCCCAACAGGACUGCAACAAUCAGGUGGAGCAGAUAUCAAGCAAAUGUGGGCUUUAUGACACAAAUGUUUUAGCUCCUGUGUCUGUUUUCUUAAAACAGUUGAUAUUCUAUCAGUUAUCUGAAGGGCAGGGAACAUUUAAAUUCCAAAGCAUUCAUUUCAAUUGAAUAGAAAAGAGCCAAAAAAAAACCCUUUUUAUUGUCUGGUUUUAGUUUUAAAGGCAUGAGGAAUGUUUUUGGAAGAGGUUUUUGCUUCGUCACUAUGACUUCUGUUCUCCAUCUCUGAGAUGCUUGUGCACGGUCGCUCUCAUCUCCAGGAAUGCUCCAGGUUCCAAACAAUCCACUGAAAGCCGCUUCACUUUCAGAGGAUGUUUUUGUGAAGUCCAUUUCAUCGUCAUCCAAUGAUACACAUUGAAUUGUGUCAUAUCAUUGGACCAGUCCAGCCUUGAUUGAGCUUAACAAGGCUGCUCAGGCUACCUACCGUAUGGCGAACUAGCUAGGCGGGGCUGUGAGCUUUGUUUAACUCAGUAUCAAAGUGAAGAGACAGUGUUAACAGUAGCAGCUAACAUUAGCUAGUUAAUUCAGUUACCUCGGCUGCGUUUGGGUCCUAAAGAUGCUCAGAGAAACAAUUCUGUGAAGAGCAAAAGAGAGAAUCUUUCUCUGUGGUCAAGCCAACAGGAUCAAGCUGACACUGCUAACACUGGCUCUUCGCUUUAAUGCUGAGUAAUAAUCUAAUUUUACAAGCCGGCCCAGCUGGUUAGCCGGCUAGGUAGGUAGCAUUAGCAGCCUUGUUAAGCUAAGGCUUAAAAGUUAAAGAGGUUUUGUUACUGUGUCCGUGUUUAUUUCCAGCAGGAGCCUCUAGUUGGUUGAUUCAGAAUUACUUUAGCAUUUGUCGCUCUAGCUAACAGGAGCUACCUGGCUAAAUUUACAUCUACAGAAUAGGGUGUAACACUACCUCUCAAAACAUGUGACAAAGAAGCUUCUGUAAGCUUUCUUUCUGGACCAUUCUGUCGUUCAGCCUUUGAGCCACAUUUUAAUCUUCACUGUGGGAGCCUGCAAGACAAAGUUCUCUUUUAUUUUAUUGUAUUUCGCAACAAAUGUUCUUUGUUGUGACUCAGUUCUGCUAAGCCGAGGCCAGACCUGCUGUACACAGUAAGGAAUGAAGAUUAAGGAUUGAAUUGGAUCAGUCACGUGUUUAUACACUUAUAUCUACAUUUAAUUAUACACUGUAAACACAUUUAUCUAACUGAAGAAUGUGCCAGCAUGCUGCUUUGAACCCAUGCAGCUGGCUGUGCAGUGAUCUUAGCAAGUCCCUCUCAAAGCAAUGGAUUUACUGAAUAAAUACUGAUGUGUAUUGAGGUAUGCUGACAUACCAGAGUCUUCUGAAAGGUGCUUCAUAUCAUUCAGUUGCCUUCCUCCUCAGCCUGUCUGCCUGUUUCAGCUCUCAACACCUGGACAGACCGGAGCUCAGGAGACUGUUUAGUUUUAAAGUAUUAAAAAAAUGAAUAGUCGAGUAGAUUUCAUCUGCGAGUUUCUUACAAUUACCCCAGAUUUCAUAUUUGAUCUGCUGACCAGCAUAUUCUAGAGAUUCACAUUUCUCUCCCGAUCAUCUCCAAGUGUCCCCAUUAAUCUACUGUGUUCAGGGGUUUCAAUUCCUACACUGAAUGUGCAGCAUCAGCAGCAGACGUCUGUAUAACUGAGGGUCUUUUUCAAUCAGACCAGUCUUCUGUGUGGUGCUGUCAUUACUUCAGAUGGACCUGAUUUUAAUAUUGCUACUGUAUACAAGUGGGAUGAUGGCAUUUACUGGUAAUACAUUACUUCAGAACUAAAUACCAUGCUUUUAUUAUCUCAUAAAACUGUCUUUACACAGAUAUGGAACAGUGAAAGUCACUCCCAAGUGAUCAGUUUCUCCAGAAAAUGUAUUAUAUCCUGAUAUAUAAAGAUAUUGUGAUAUAAAACACUGUAAUAUAGAAUUUGUUCCCCUUUUUUUCCCAAUUUUUAUUUAUUUAGGAAUCAAGUCACAUUUAAAUAUUACAUUUCACAAUUUUUACUCACUUUUUAAAAUAUUUUCCUCUGAAAGAAAUAAUUGUGAUAGAGGAUUUUAUCCAUAUCACCCACCCCUAUUCUAAACAAAUGUGCAGUAUGUCUGCAGGCUGGUUCCAGACUCUGACAAUAACUAAAUGAAUGGACUCAUUAUCUCGGUAUCUUGGCCUGUUUAACCCUAUACUUGCUUUUAUAUGUGUGCUUGUUAUUCCAUAGCUACAAAUGCUCUUUAAGUUCCACAUUUAAAGUGGGGAUGUAUUGAAGAGGUACAGGUAAAGAAGUGCAAAAGCACAAUUUGGUUCUCUGUUUUUACGGCACUAAAGUGAUCGCGAGCGCUCUCUGGAUGGACAAAAUAGUCGGCGCGAAACUACUGAAGACGGCGUUAAGACAAACAUCACGAUGCAAGAAAACAUUUCUGAUUUUAUUUUUUGUUGGGUCUGUUUUAUACUUUACUGUCUUAUAUCAUGACAAACAUAUGGACUACGCUGCAUGAAUAAGAUCCAGUGAAUGCUCUGUCUUGAUCAAUGUACAUGUUAUCUAUAGGUCUACUGUUUUGUUCGCAACACAAAUGGACUCAGUCAAGCAUGGACUUCAAACUGUGUGCUACCAGGCCUCUGGUUCAACCUGCAGAAUGUAUGCUAGGCAUCUCGCUAACAUUAUCAUGCACAUGCUAGGAGCUGAAGCCUCUUUCAGUUGAGUUGUAGCGUGGGGGUGGGGGGUGAUGGACUAUGAUAUAGUUGUUCACAAGAUAUAUAAAUGUAUAUUUUGUAUUUUUUAAGGUGUAUAUGUUCAGGACUUUUGACAAGUUUGUUUGUGUAUUGAUUAUGUCAAAUGAAUAAAUAUGCUCUUUUAUUUACGA